GUGAGAAAAAAAAAUAAAAUUAUUAAUAUAAGUUUUGCAUUGUUCUCGUGCCUAUUAAUAUAUUCUAAAGGAAAGAAAAGAAGUAAUUUUUUAGCAUAUUAAUUCAUCUUGCUUUAAACUGUAAAUGAUCAGUGAAUUAUUUUUAUUUCAAUAAACAAAAGAAUAAAGAAGAAUGAAAGUUUCUAUCUUUUAUCAUAUUGGAUAGAACAAGAAAUUGCGGUAAAAAGUGAUUUAUUUUGAACUUGAUAUAUAUUUAUAUAUGUAUUUGACUCGUUGUUCGUCAGUAAAGCGCCGUAAAAUGAAAUUCGUGAAGUUAACGGGAAUUAAACAAAGGACUUAAACAAAGCGGGACUUCGGCUGUGGAAGAAAUCAGAAAACUCGAAAUAGAACACCAUUCAUGUCUUUGUAGUGACGAUUAGCAUACGAAAGCGCUGAUUAACGUGAUGAAGUACGAGCUCGUGGAUGUUCAAUGAAUAUGCAUCACUUUCAUGAACCAUUGCGCUGUAUCAUACAGACAAUUGAGUGAUCAUUAAUUCCAUGAUCAUUAACACCUCGUCAUCAAUAUUAGUGGCUCUUUGAUAAUUCUAUUCCGUUUGUUAUCAUAAACCGAAGAAAAUUUUGUGUGGUCAUGGCUGUUUACGGAAUUAAAUAUCUAUAAAAAUUUUUUCAAAGUCGCAUUUUUUUAUGAGUUCCUUUUUCUUUUAUAAAUAUUUGAAAACUUUUCCACUCAGCUUACGAUCACUCGAUCUGUAAAAUUUGGCAAAUGCGUUUAUGCGUGCAUUUUAUUUGACAACGCCCUCGCAAAUUUUUAGCAUCGAAACUACCGGACACGGAAUAUUAUGGUCGAAAUAUUGCUCACUCUCGUAUCACUUUAAAAUUACUGUUAAAUGGAGAAUCUGUUAAAUGGAGACGCACUGCGCUCACAGACGCAUAUAUCCUCCGAGUAUGACAUUUCGAACUGCGAUUGCGUGCAUUCCUCCGUUUCAUUCCUUUUACCUUAGCCGGCAUACUGAAUUAAUGAUGCAUCGCGCUGUGUCGACGUUCGUUCGCGACCAUCGUCGACGCAAACCGAUAUUGCGAUUCGAUCGAUUCCGAUGCACGUUGCGGACGGAGCAUGUUUUGGACUAAUAAAUGACCCCGCGAUAGUCGCCAGUCUUACCGGCUCGUGCCAAAGUCACUUUAAAUUAAUCAUGUCCGUUCGAUACAAGCGCGCCGUUAACAUUUCUCGUAUCUUCCUAAAUCAAUCUUCUAGACUUCGGUGUUCGAUUUUACAGAAUCAUCGCGCUGUUAACAUUUUUCAGGGUAGUCUAAAAUUUUUAUUCUCUCUCUCUCUCUUUCUCUUUCUCUUUCUCUUUCUCUCCUUGUAUAAAUCAAAUUGCUUUCAUCUGAUUAAUUUAUUUGCUUAUUUAUUAAUUUAUUAUGCAAACAAUGAUUAAAUCAACUUUUAAAAUAAUGAAGAGGAUGUUAAAAUUGAAGCGUUAUCGUUAAUAUGAAGUACAAUUAUUUUAAUCAAUUGAAUUUUAACUAGGUAUAAUAUUCUUUCCUUCAUCUAUCGUUAUUAUUGCACAUUUGCGUUAUAAUUAUUUUCCUAGCAUUAGAUUUUUAUUGGAUGAACUGCAGUUGGAUCUAAUCCGAUCUAACAAUUUAAUUAAUGCAAUUUAAUUAGACUAAUCGUGUUGUAUUUCUUCCGUUUUUACACAGAAUAUCGUACGAGAUGAUUUGCAUUUGUAAACUUUAUGUAUAAAAUUUAAGAUUAUAUUAUAAUAUAAAAAUAUAAUACAAAAAAUAUAAUAUAAAAAUGAAAUAAUGUAUAAUAACUUUUAACAUUAUUUUUAUUGAUAUAAACUAUAGAAAAUCUACAGGAAAGUUGAAAAUAUAAUCAAUAUAUCCAUUUCAAUAUUUCAAUAUUUAAAUUUUCAUAUUAUUUAUUGGCAUUAUUUUUAGAUGAUUAUUUUUUACAGCAUUCGAUAGAGUAAAAUAUUGUUUCAUAAAAAUAAAUGACAUUUUUUAUAAGUCGGCAUUUCGCAUUUCUUUAGUUAUUGAUGAUACAUCAGCACGUAAAUCUCAUAUAUCGAAUUGACGUAGUAGCUCUCUGCAGUUUGCCGUAACGUUCACGAAUUAAUCUUAUUAAUCGGUGAGACUACUCGUUAUCGACGAGCAACUAUACGCGACACAUUUUAUCGCAUUAUACACGAGCGCGCGCGAUUCACGACGUCUUCAGUGCCCGGAUCGAAUUAAUAACGUUCUGUAUUAAUUGAUCAACAUUACUGUUCGUGUUACGAUGAAGUUGAUCGCAGCCAGAUUAUCUGACUACACUCUAAAUUUUUUGGAGUGAAAUACGUCACUCUUUGCUGGAGUGAAUAGCAUAUCACUCCAAAUAGAGUGAUUUUUCACUCUUACGGAGUGAAUGAGUUCACUCUUUGCAAUGGAGUGAACAAACUCACUCCUACUGUAAGAGUGAUUUAAAUGGUCUAUCAACAUUCACUCCUAAAGAGUGACAUUUCAGUCUAAUAAGAGUGACUGAUUCUGCGGAAGAACCAGCGACAGGGGGCGCGGCGCUUCGCAGUCUGUUUUUAUUCUUCAUCGCCACGUAACAUCGGCAUCGAUUUAUAUUUAUGUUGUGUAUGUGGAAUUAUAUUUGAGAUAAACGAACGUUUCUCUUGUAUCUCUCUAUAUAGCUUCUGUACUCUAAUAGCGCUCUGUACGAACCAUCAAUACGAAGUUUCUAUCGUAUAUGAAGCAGUUGUACAUCAUUCGUUAUAACUGUGUAUAUUAGAAGUAUGAAUUUUCCAGAGAAAUACAAUUUGCCAGCGGAAACUUUAAAUAAUCCUGCUAAACUAGCAGAAUAUUUAUGCAUGCAAGGGAUACAAAAAGAGGUGACAGAAAUAUUAGAGCGAGAAUGUGUUGAUGGUACAGCAUUCCUAUCAUUGACGGAAAAUGAUUUAAAAGAAUUACAAAUAAAGAUAGGCCCAAGAAAGAGGAUUUUAAACUUGAUAAAUAUAGCAAAUCCAGGCUUUAUUAUUAUUAAUAAUACAUUUGAGAAAGAUAGUGAAAUAAUACAGCAAGUUUCCAACAUUGAUGUAAUACCAGCAGAAAAUACCGAAGUAGAAGCUUCAACAAGUAAUUGCAAACUUCCAAAUGAUGCAUUUGCUAAUAGAGAGAAACAUAGUGUUCAGAAGUGCAAUAAUCAAGGAAGUAGAUUAAAUGUUCGCGAUUGGGUAAAAGCACAUGAUGCGAAACAAACAAGAAAAUCUUCUCUGUUACGUACGCUAGAUACUGGCAUAGUAGACAAUACAGCUCGUCAAGAGUUAAUAAGAAUAGUUUGCGCAGAAAUCGUCAAGAUCAGUAAUGACAUGUAUCCAUCCAGCGAUUUAAAAACUGAAUUGGCUAAAGAAAUAGUAACAGCAUUUCCAAAACUACGAUCGUCGCAAUCGACAGAAGGAUAUGAGCAUUUUUUUGACAAAAAGACCAACAGCGGCUUUAUUCAAUAUCGAUUGAAAACUAUGAGAGUAGGAUUAAGUCCUUCGAAUAAAAAAAGAUCAAAGACUUCGCCAUCGAACCGAGUAGAAAAUGCUAUGAAAAGGCAAAAAAAGGAUAUAAAUGAAAUAUAUCUUGAUGAAGAUAUGCUUAAUAUAAAGAUUUCGGAGCUUGUAUUAAAAAUGCCAACUGAACAAAAUAAACAAAUUAUCACUAUGUUAAUGGACGAAACAAGACCUAACAGGCAACAAAAAAUUAGAGAUUCUAAGUGCACAGUAGCGGAUAUUUUAAAGGAAUAUCCCAGAUUUAAAGAUUAUCAUGGUGAAUUGAUACACAGGGAAUUUAUUUCAAUGUUCCCCGGGAAAGAUAAAUUGUUGAAAAAAUUUCCAGAAUUUUACGCGUCUAGAAUUUUGCAGUUCUGUUCUAUAUAUAAACCCAAUUUAUUGGAGAAAAUUGCAGAUUUGGAUAAUGAUAAUUUAAAAGCUCUUGUUCUUCUGCCCGAAUUAUUACCAACACCAAAUUAUAUGAAAAAAAAAUUAUCUGAGAAAGAGAAUUUAAAACCUACAAAAAAAAAAUUAAAAUCGGCUGUAUGUAAUUUUGCAAGUAAAGAAAUCCCAAAUACAAAUUUACUGCGGUUCAUUCAUACAUCAGAAGAUUUAUUGUCUUAUAAUACAGACAAGAUAGAACAAAAAAAAUCAAAAAACGUACAGCCCUUUUUAAUAUGUAACAUGAUUGGUCAAAAAAAAAAAGGAAAUUUUUUUAUUCAGACGGAUGGACACUUAAUUUCAGUGAGCGAUGAUCCAAUGACAGCAUUUGAUAUUCUUGUCAAAUUUCAUUAUUGUUUUGACAUUCAUUUUGCAUCUGAUUUAAUUAAUUUUUAUGACUUCGUAACCGGGUGCAUUAUGAACUUAAAUGAACCACGUGCUUGUUGCACAGCGUUACACACAAGUUUAAAUAAUAUUGAUAAUCUUUUAACACCAACGCAAACUGUUGAUGAUAGCGAUGAGGAUAUAAGUUAUGCAUCAAACAAUGAUGAAAAAGGCUCGUCAUCAGACAAUUAAAAACAUAAAAAUAAAUUUAAAAAUUUAUUUUGUUCUUUUAUAUAUUAUAUAUAUAUAUUCUUUUAUGUAUUGUUCAUGCAUAUAGUUCAUAUAAAACAUGUUUAAAUAUUAAAGUUAAAAAUAUAAAAGAUGUUAAUAUAAAAAAUUUGACUGCAUAAUUUUAUUUUUUCCUUUAAGAAAAAUUUAUUCCGUAUUUAUAAUAUAUAAAGGUUGAAUAAUUGAAUAGGUAAAUGCUAAAAGUGGUUAAAGUCAAAUUUUACACUUUUUUACUUUUUUGUAUAUGUUUUUUAUUAAAACAGUAUUUUUUAACAUAAAUGUUUCAAUAAAAAAUUUUAUACAAAAGUAAAAAAAUGCAACAUUUGACUCAACUACUUUUAGCAUUUACUUAGUCAAUUAUUCACUCCUUUCAAGAGAGUGAAAAUAUUCACUCCUCGUUAGAUUGAAAAUAAUUUCCCAAUUGGAGUGAAUUUUCACUCUCUAAGAGUGAAAAUUUCACUCUACUUAAGGAGUGAAUGAUUCACUCUCUCCUUGGACUGAAAAAUCACUCCUGUUGGACUGGCGCAAUUUUCACUUUCGUUAGGAGUGACAUUUCACUCUUUUAGAGUGAAAUUUCACUCCAAAAAAUUUAGAGUGUACACAAUGCUAUUACAUUUGUCCGUAUCUACGUGCAGUUUGCAGACGUUAAGCUUCUGACAAGGCUUCUGAAGUACGAAUUAUGCGCGUUGAGAUUAUCUGACAUAACGUUUACAGUUUGUACAAUAGACGGAUUUUGCAGAAGAGUUUUACGAAUGAUCAUAAAACUUUUAUGCGUUUUUAUCAUUUAUGACGCUGAAUAAUUAUGAUAUUGUAUAAUACAAAACAAAUUAAAAAAAGUCUUGCAGAAAGAUAUUUAAUGAGUAAAAACUUAUUUGCAUAGCAGACAGUAAUUUAUAUUUCAAUAAUUAUUUUUUGUUUAAAUUAUGCAUGUGUUAGCUCUCUUUCAAUAUAAGAAUUCUAAAAAUGAUAAUUCUAAUAAUUUAUGAUUAUAAUAGACAAUUAUCACUUUCUCCAAUUAUUUUCAACUUUUUAAUUUAAUUCUUUAUAUUCUUUAUUUCUGCUUUUGUAAUUUUAUUUCUAAAUUUAUAAGAGAAAUGCUGCAUUUUUAAUGAAAAAAGUUAUCAUAUUCGCAUAAUGGAAUAAACAUACGAACUUUUGUUUAGAUACAAAUGAAAUUUUAUUAUAUAAUUUUAUGCAGAAACUAAAAUUUCGUUACUCUUGUUUAUAUAAAGAUCUCUUACCUCUUAUUAAAAAUGUCUUCAAUAAUUACACAUGCUUUCAAUCUGCGUCGACCUAUCACUGCAAUUUAUUAAUGGCCACAAUUCAUCAAUUCAUCAUCGAUGUAAUCUCCUCUUUUUAAAUUUAUGACAUUUCACAUUCAAUUGUAUCGGCACUCAGACGAACGUGAUAUUUAAUUAAAACGAAGAGAUCAAGCCCCAACCCACGCUCGCGAAUGUGAUUUCGAAAAAGAGAAAAUGAUGAAAACGAUAAAAAACUACACUGGACGAUUUUUGAGCACUCUGUUUUCGACGCGUAUGCUUUCACUUCAAAUUCGGAGACGAACUCGUCCUCGCGUUGCUCUCCGCUCCAUUCGCCGACUACAUGCAGCUCUGGCGGAGUUUGGACCGACCGCGUGUUUUUCCCACCACCUCUCCUCCAUCAGCAUCGUCGUAGCCACUACCUUUCGGGCUGAUACUUCAGUCGUAUAUUAUAUCUGCCUGCUCUGCUCCGAUCUUGAGUUGCGUAAUGAUGGAUAAGGAAGAAAGAAAGAGAAAAA